AUGGAGUCGAGCGCGGACCCCACCGCCGGCAAACGCAAACGAAGCCCUUCCUCCGCCUCCCAGACCUCCUCCGCUCCCGCCCCCAAAGUCAGCAAAACCAGCGCCACUCCCCUGCAAAUCAACUACCUCGCCCGCCAGUCGCAAGAAGACCUGCCUCUCAUCAAUAAGGAGGAUUCCCUGCCCAAUCUACUCGGCUUGUUGGCCUCCUACACCAACGUCCUCGACCGGCAUGAGUCGCUGGCCUCUAACCUUGGCGCGCGCCCGCUUGGUCCCAUCUUGAUCAAACGCUUUGAGCGCUGCUUCGAUGCCCCGCCCAAAGUCGUCGCCUCCCACCACAAGGCUGCCUCCACUGGCACCGAAGAGACGCAGCAAAUCACCUGGCUCGAGGUCAUUGAAUUCGCCCGCUCCCAUCCCUCCCAAUUCACACUCACCUCCUUCUCCGAGGGCAAGCGAGUAUGCCAGUUCUACUACCCACAGAAGCAACUGCGCGUGCAGAUCAGCGAGGAGGAUUUCCUGUUCAUCAACAGCGGGCGUUGUCAAGAGUUGAUACCCCCGCUGCCCAUCUGGGAGGACGAAGAGAAGGAAGUGGCCACAUGCGAUGUGCUCGAGGCGAAGCUCAAGGAGCUCACGAAUGCUGCUGAUAUGGUGGCCGCCAGGACAAGACAGUUGAGCCACAGGUUGAAAGGCAGGAGAGCGGCCAUUCUGGAGCGGCGGGCGGAAGGGGGAAGUGGAACACCGGCGAAAGCGAGCAUACAACAGACCACCACUGCGCCUGCAGAAGGCCAUCGCGGCAACGGUGGGGUGGACUCCACCGCCUCCUCCCUCUCCCCCGUUCCCAAUCACACAUUCGGCAACGAUCCACUCAGCUACUAUGUCACGGACACUCCGACAAUAGGCCGGCAAUCCACAGGCACUGGCCACCGACCGUCUUCCAGCACUGGGAGCCUCGCCACUGGGGCAGGUCAGGGUGCCUCCAAGCACAAUUUCAGCCGCCCGCUUCCUCCGGAGUCGGAAGCCGGCCAACCUUUCCGUCCGCUCUGUCAGGCCCACAUGGACGGCCUGCCGCGCGGCCAGCGUGUGAUACCGCCCUGCGAUCGCUGCCGUCGUCUACGCAUGGAUUGUGUCAAGAAUCUCACUUCCUGCGCCGGCUGUACGCGGAAGCACGCGCGCUGCCAUUGGCGGGAAGUCUCGCGAGAGGAACUAGGCGAGCUCGACCACCUCAUGGAAGCG